GUUGAAUUGUUUUUUAUUUUGCUUAUUUACUUCAUUUUUGUGCAAAGGAACGGUUGCCCUGGUGAAUAUCACGGGGUUUAGUUGCACGGGUAAAGUUUCACUGUAAUAUAGCACCUGUCUAGUCUUUUAUUUUUAAAAUGGCAGCUUUCAGCAAGGCUACUGGCAUUUACAGCGCCAAGCUCGGCCUCUACAUGUACGCCGUUGCUCUUCAGAUGAUCAUUGGUUACUUCAUGAUCCUUUGCUCACCAAACAAGUUGAACAUUGGUGGUCUUGUUCGCGCUCGUAGCGUUGAGGACAUUCAGAACGUCGGAUUCGAUGUUAUUCAGGGUGCUGGUGUUGUACACAUUCUUUUCGCAGUGCUCACUUUUGCUCUUCUCAUUUUGGCACACUUCGUUACUAGCUGCUUCAAGAUUCCCAUGCUUAUUGUUACCAUUGUGCAGACAGCCUACUGCUCAUUCACUGCUGGUGUUUGCGCACUCUACCUCCAGCGUGGUUACGACAACAUUACUCAGACCAUUCAACUCCUUGCCAAGCAGGCUAUCGGCACUGUUGUUCCUUCUUUGAACCAGUUGUUGGUUGACAACCGUAACAUGCUUUACGGUAUUGGUAUUUUGGCUGUUAUUGCUACUUCCUUCUUGCAGAAGGCUCAGGUUGUCAAGGGAACUGACAGCAGUACUCAGGUUAUGGUUGUAAUUCCCUGUGUUAGUCUUGGUUUGGGUAUUGCCUUUGCCCUUACUGCUCCUUGCAGGGACUACAGGACCUUCACUCUUGGUUUCUUCUGGGCUUUGGCUUGCAUUAUUGGUGAUGUCAUCAGCUCUGUCAGCAGAUUCUUCUGCUUCAAGCCAUUCAAGUUGUUCAUGUUGGCUGUUUACGCUGGUAUUUGUUUGUUGUCUGUUAUUACCAUUGGUGUUUGCUCCAAGAUUUACAGCAAUGGUAAGAUUGACCUUUCUGGUUACCUCGAUGUUGUACACGGUACCAUCAAGGCUGCUGCUGACAAGGCUAGUGAGCAGAUUAAAUACGACGAUGUUGACAGGUACAUUGGCAAAAUCACUACCCGUUACACCGAUGAGGAACUCAACGUAUUCAUGGGUAACGGUAUUUUCCUUUUGGUUGUUGUGAUGCUUUCUAUUGUUUGCCUUCUUUUCGGCGUUCUUGCUCUCUUCUACUCUAUCUUCAGGUUCUUUGACAGGAGCCGUGACUCUGACGAGGCCAAUGUUGGCAGCGACAAGGCAGUCAAGGUCGUCGUCAGCUAAACUGAAAACAUAACAUCAAUUUAAUUGUAGUGUGUAACC